GGGUUCACAUUUUGGAUUUUGCUUCUUGUUUACCUUAAAAUUUCUUUCAUUUUCUGGUUUAAUGUUGAAGCAAAACCUUUCUUUAUCUUUUUAUAAGCGACAUGAAGCUGUCUUUUUCACUUGCUUUCAAUGCACUCAUGUUGCUUCUUCAAGUUUGCUGCGUGGUCUUUGCUCAAGCCAGGUUUUCUAAUGAGACUGAUAUGCAAGCUUUGCUUAAGUUCAAGUCUCAAGUUUCUGAAAACAAGAGAGAGGUCUUGGCCUCAUGGAAUCACUCCUCCCCAUUAUGCAAUUGGAUUGGAGUCAUAUGUGGCCGCAGGCAAGAAAGAGUUAUAAGUCUGAACCUCGGAGGAUUCAAGUUAACCGGUGUGAUCUCACCCUCCAUUGGUAAUCUCUCCUUUCUCAGGUUUCUUAAUCUUGGAGACAACUCUUUUGGAAGUACCAUCCCUCAAGAGGUGGGAAUGCUAUUUAGGCUUCAGUACUUGAACAUGAGCUAUAAUCUUCUCCAAGGAAGGAUUCCGCCUAGUCUUUCUAACUGCUCUAGACUGUCGACUGUUGAUUUAUCGUCAAACCAUCUUGGACAUGGUGUUCCUUCAGAACUAGGUUCACUUUCUAAGCUGGCCAUUCUGGAUCUUAGUAAAAACAACCUUACAGGAAAUUUUCCUGCAUCUUUAGGAAACUUGACGUCACUCCAGAAGCUUGAUUUUGCAUAUAACCAGAUGGGAGGUGAGAUUCCAGACGAAGUAGCUAGAUUGACUCAAAUGGUGUUUUUCCAAAUAGCACUGAAUAGUUUUUCAGGUGGUUUUCCUCCUGCAUUGUACAACAUCUCCUCUCUUGAGUAUCUAUCUCUAGCUGACAAUAGCUUUUCGGGUAACCUCAGGGCUGAUUUUGGUGAUCUUCUACCAAAUCUAAGAAGGCUUCUUUUGGGAACAAAUCAGUUCACUGGAGCUAUUCCCAUAACACUUGCCAAUAUCUCAAGCCUUGAAAGGUUUGAUAUCUCAUCUAAUUACCUGACUGGAAGUAUCCCUUCGAGCUUUGGAAAGUUACCUAAUCUGUGGUGGUUAGGGAUUCGUAAUAACUCUCUUGGAUAUAACUCGUCCAGUGGUCUUGAAUUUAUUGGUGCUUUGGGGAACUGCACUCAAUUAGAGUACUUAGAUGUUGGUUACAAUAGACUUGGAGGUGAGCUGCCUGCCUCCACAGCCAAUCUGUCCACUAAAUUGACUAGUCUGUUCCUUGGACAAAAUCUUAUCUCUGGAACCAUUCCUCACGACAUCGGGAAUCUUAUAAGCCUGCAAGAACUCAGUUUGGAAACAAAUAAGUUGUCUGGAGAACUUCCAGUCUCUUUCGGGAAGCUUUUGAAUUUGCAGGUGGUGGAUCUCUAUUCAAAUGCAAUAUCGGGGGAAAUACCAUCUUAUUUUGGCAACAUGACUCGGUUGCAGAAGCUCCAUUUGAAUAGCAAUAGUUUCCACGGAAGAAUCCCUCAGAGUCUUGGACGUUGUCGAUACUUGCUUGACCUGUGGAUUGAUACAAAUAGGUUGAAUGGGACUAUACCUCGAGAAAUACUGCAAAUUCCGUCCCUCGCUUACAUAGAUUUGUCAAACAAUUUCUUGACCGGCCAUUUUCCAGAAGAAGUUGGAAAGUUGGAACUUCUUGUUGGACUAGGUGCUUCGUACAACAAAUUAUCAGGAAAGAUCCCACAAUCUAUAGGGGGUUGUCUCUCGAUGGAAUUUCUCUAUAUGCAAGGAAAUUCUUUUGACGGAGCCAUUCCAGAUAUAAGCCGGUUGGUAAGCCUAACGAAUGUUGACUUCUCCAACAACAAUCUCUCUGGCCGGAUACCUCGAUAUCUGGCCAAUCUUCCUUUGCUGCGAAAUCUGAAUCUUUCUAUGAACAAGUUUGAGGGAAGGGUGCCAACAACAGGAGUGUUUCGAAAUGCUACAGCAGUUUCUGUUUUUGGUAACAAAAAUAUAUGUGGAGGCGUCAGAGAAAUGCAACUAAAGCCAUGCAUUGUAGAAGCAUCUCCAAGAAAGAGAAAGCCUCUCUCACUUAGACAGAAAGUUGCCAGUGAAUAUGGAAUGGGAGGCCAACCAUCAGUACAAGGAGAUGUGUACAGCUUUGGAAUUCUACUUUUGGAGAUGUUCACAGGAAAGAAACCGACAGACGAACCAUUUGCAGGCGAUUACAACCUCCACUGCUACACACAGUCGGUAUUGUCUGGUUGCACGAGUAGUGGAGGCAGCAACGCCAUUGAUGAAUGGUUGAGACUGGUUUUGCAGGUGGGGAUAAAGUGUUCUGAAGAAUAUCCAAGGGAUAGGAUGAGAAUUGCUGAAGCGGUACGAGAAUUAAUCUCAAUCAGAACUAAAUUCUUCAGUUCCAAGACGAAUAUUACAGAGACUCCUCGAGAUGCUCCGCAAAGUUCUCCUCAGGAAUGGAUGUUAAAUGCGGACAUGCAUACUAUGUAGACCAAAAUGAUGACAUCACAAAUACCUUCUCAACUACUUAGGAUGGGGACACAGUAAACGAUCGAAACAGAACAAUGUUGGGCGGAGAGACUACUAAAUAUAAUAAGGGAAUAAAGAACAUUUUAAAAC